UCUCUCCUCUUCCCUGCCUCCCUCUCGCGCCCCUUUCUAUUAUCCGACUGGUUGGGGGAAGGAUUUCUAUGGACAGCUCGUCCAGAGUGAUGUCUCCUCUCGAGAAAGUUGCAGUGGCUGCCUCGGGGCAGUGAAAAAGUCUGGAGGGUCGGCUUUGGGGUGCAUGUUUGCUUGUGGGUGGAGGAGUGGAUUACGAUCUCCCUAAGUCUCCUCUACCCCGGGAGAAGUCCGAAGGUACUGUCACGAUGGCCGAAGGUGCUACUUGCAGAGAAGGUCCCUCCUCAUCCGAGGUGAACCAUGGCGAGGAGGAUUCUCAGGUGUGCCCAGAUUCUGCAUCCUUGGAAGGACUACCGGCUGGGGCUGCAGGACGCCGAAGGGACCGCAGAAGUGGGCUCUCGUUGCCAGCCUCCGCGGGUACCUCAGCAGCUGAUUGCGAAGCUAGUCUCCUGGAAGCUGCCCGUGUGACACCUCGGAGAAGUAGCAUUAUCAAGGAUCCUUCAAACCAAAAGUGUGGAAGGAAGAAAACCGUGUCAUUCAGCAGUAUGCCAUCCGAGAAGAAAAUCAGCAGCGCAAGUGAUUGCAUCAGCUUCAUGCAGGCUGGCUGUGAGCUGAAGAAAGUACGUCCCAAUUCCCGGAUAUACAAUCGUUUCUUUACCCUGGACACAGACCUUCAAGCUCUUCGCUGGGAGCCCUCUAAGAAGGACCUUGAAAAAGCAAAGCUUGAUAUUUCUGCUAUAAAAGAGAUCAGGCUUGGGAAGAACACCGAGACAUUUAGGAACAAUGGACUUGCUGACCAGAUUUCUGAGGACUGUGCCCUGUCUAUACUACAUGGGGAGAAUUAUGAGUCUUUGGACCUAGUUGCCAAUUCAGCUGAUGUAGCAAAUAUUUGGGUUUCUGGUUUACGGUACCUGGUCUCUCGAAGUAAGCAACCCCUUGACUUAAUAGAAGGCAGCCAGAAUACUCCAAGGUUCAUGUGGCUAAAAACAGUAUUUGAAGCAGCAGAUGUUGAUGGCAAUGGGAUAAUGUUAGAAGACACAUCUGUUGAGUUAAUUAAACAGCUCAAUCCUACCCUGAAGGAAUCAAAGAUCAGGUUAAAGUUUAAAGAAAUCCAGAAGAGCAAAGAGAAACUAACCACCCGAGUAACAAAAGAGGAAUUUUGUGAAGCUUUUAGUGAACUUUGUACCAGACCAGAAGUUUAUUUCUUACUUGUACAGAUAUCCAAAAACAAAGAAUAUUUAGAUGCCAAUGACCUCAUGCUGUUUUUAGAAGCUGAACAAGGAGUUGCUCAUAUAACUGAAGAGAUGUGUUUAGACAUUAUUCGAAGGUAUGAGCUUUCUGAAGAAGGGCGGCUCAAAGGUUUCCUUGCAAUUGAUGGAUUUACCCAGUAUUUGUUGUCACCAGAAUGUGAUAUUUUUGAUCCUGAGCAAAGAAAGGUGGCCCAAGAUAUGACCCAGCCGUUAUCACACUAUUAUAUCAAUGCCUCUCAUAACACUUAUCUAAUAGAAGACCAGUUCAGGGGACCUGCUGAUAUUAAUGGCUAUGUUAGAGCUUUAAAAAUGAGCUGUAGGAGCAUAGAACUUGAUGUAAGUGAUGGGCCAGACAAUGAGCCGAUCCUUUGUAAUCGUAACAAUAUGACAACACCCCUUUCCUUCCGUAGUGUCAUUGAGGUAAUAAACAAAUUUGCCUUUGUGGCUUCUGAAUACCCACUUAUCCUUUGCUUAGGCACUCACUGUUCGGUACCACAGCAGAAAGUCAUGGCCCAACACAUGAAAAAGAUCUUUGGUAAUAAGCUAUACACUGAUGCACCUUUGCCAUCUGAAGCCUACCUCCCAUCCCCUGAGAAACUGAAAAGAAAGAUAAUUUUGAAAGGAAAGAAAUUGCCUCCUGACCAGGAUAUGUUGGAAGGGGAGGUAACAGAUGAAGAUGAGGAAGCUGAAAUGUCUCAGAGGAUGUCAGAGGACUUUAAUGGUGAACAGAAGUUGAUAUGCCUCUGUAGAGAACUAUCAGAUUUGGUAUCUAUAUGUAAAUCUGUCCAAUAUAGGGAUUUUGAAAUGUCUAUGAAGAGCCAAAGUUAUUGGGAAAUCUGCUCAUUUAGUGAGACAGAAGCUAGCAGAAUUGCCAAUGAAUAUCCAGAGGACUUUGUAAAUUAUAACAAGAGGUUCUUAUCAAGGAUAUACCCAAGUGCUAUGAGGAUAGAUUCCAGUAAUUUGAACCCCCAAGACUUCUGGAAUUGUGGCUGUCAGAUUGUGGCAAUGAAUUUCCAGACUCCUGGUCCAAUGAUGGAUUUACAUACAGGCUGGUUUCUCCAGAAUGGGGGCUGUGGAUAUGUCCUCCGACCCUCCAUCAUGCGAGAUGAAGUCUCUUACUUUAGUGCCAAUACAAAGGGUAUCGUUCCAGGGGUCUCUCCUCAAGUACUACAUAUCAAAAUUAUCAGUGGUCAGAACUUUCCAAAACCCAAGGGAGCUUGUGCCAAAGGGGAUGUCAUAGACCCCUAUGUCUGUAUUGAAAUACAUGGUAUUCCUGCAGACUGUUCAGAACAAAGAACUAAAACUGUUCAGCAAAACAGUGAUAAUCCUAUUUUUGAUGAAACUUUUGAGUUUCAAAUAAACCUGCCUGAGCUUGCCAUGAUCCGUUUUGUGGUCUUGGAUGAUGACUACAUCGGUGAUGAAUUUAUAGGACAAUAUACGAUACCUCUGGAGUGCUUGCAACCUGGUUAUCGACACAUCCCUUUGCGCUCUUUUGUGGGAGAUAUCAUGGAACAUGUGACACUCUUCGUUCACAUAGCAAUAACCAACCAAAGUGGAGGAGGAAAGGCCCCAAAGCGCAGCCUUUCAGUGAGAAUAGGGAAGAAGGUUAGGGAAUACACCAUGCUCAGGAAUGUUGGUCUGAAAACCAUAGAUGACAUCUUUAAAAUAGCUGUUCAUCCCCUGAGAGAAGCCACUGAUGUGAGAGAAAAUAUGCAGAAUGCAAUAGUGUCUGUUAAAGAGCUUUGUGGACUCCCUCCAAUUGCCAGCCUGAAACAGUGCAUGUUGACUUUGUCCUCUCGGCUGAUAAACAGCGAUGAUACACCCUCUGUCUCUCUCAUUAUGAAAGAUAACUUCCCUUACCUGGAACCUCUGGGAACAAUACCAGAUGUACAGAAAAAGGUCCUAGCUGCUUAUGAGCUGAUGAUUCAAGAGAGCAAGUUUCUUAUUGAAAUGGCAGACACCAUCCAUGAUAAGAUUAUUCAGUGUCAAAAAGCAGGGAUGGAAUUCCAUGAGGAACUUCAUAAUCUUGGGGCAAAAGAAGGUUUGAAAGGAAGAAAACUCAACAAGGCAAUUGAGAGUUUUGCAUGGAACAUUACAGUACUGAAGGGACAAAGCGAUCUGUUGAAGAAUGCCAAGAAUGAGGCCCUGGAGAACAUGAAGCAGAUACAAUUAGCGUGUUUGUCCUGUGGCUUGAGCAAAGCAGCUGCUGGUGGUGCUGAAGCAAAGAACAAGCGAAGCCUCGAGGCGAUAGAGGAGAAGGAAACUGGAGAUGAGAAUGGAAGGCUCUGAGCCAAGGCACUGCUACUCGGCUUGUCCUCUGGAUCAAGGACUUGAAACUAUUUUUUAAGAGCAUUUAGGAAUUCACAAAGAAUGCCCUCUCCAGGGUGUUGGAAGUACCCAGAUUAUUUCACAACGUCAGUAUUUAAUUGUGGUUAAUUUAUCUAAGUUAAACCCUUUUGUAGCCAUGUUUUAAAAUAGAUCAGAGCUCUGUGUGUUUGUGUGCACAUGUGUGUGCACAUUGAAGGAGAGAGAGACUGUGUAGAAUCUAUUCUAUGUUGCAUCUCCAUGUACUAAGUUAUUUUUCUCCCAGUUUUGUAGCACCCCCAUUAAUUUUGAAAUUCCGAAGAGUAUUUCUUGUAACUGGGUUUGUACCUUAUUUUACUUUCUUGCUUUUGUCAUUUAAUUUAGAGCUCUUAAUGUAUCUUAUCAUUGAGGGAAGCCAAAUUUACCAACAGAUAGAUGUUUUGAUAGCUUAAAAUAUAGAUUAGAAUAAAUUUUCUGAGUCAUAGCAUCAAUGUGAAUCAAUACAAACAAACCAGCAGAAUUUAUGGAUAGAUCACCAAAGCCAUUGCAUUCAGCCAUUGCUAUUUAAAAUUUAAUUUUAAAAAUUCCUUUAUUAGAAUUCAGGAAAGUAAUGCACCUGAGAUGAGUGAACACAUAUGACUUCAGUGGAGAAGCCAAUAAUUAGUAAAAUAAUGCCCACCAAGUAGGAACUCAGUAACGUAGUGAAAGCUCUGUUUGCAAUUAGGGUUUUGAUGCAGAAAUAAUAUUCAGGGGUCCUGAAAUUUCAGUGUUGGUAUUUGUAGAGAACUCAUGAACUUCAUAAACCAUGAGCCUUGUGAUAGGCUUGUAUGAUCAGUGGGGGCCCAUUGAGAGAAUAUAUCUUGAUAGGAAUUUUAAUGAAGAAUGUCUGAUUGCUCUAAGGGGUGUCACAAGUUACAGGAUUUAAGUUCUAGAGAUGGGAAGGAUCUCAGAUGUCAUCUAGGCCAGCCCCCUUUUUUUACAGAUGAGAAAAUGGAGGCCCUGGAGGGUUAGACGUAGCUCUACAUAAAGGACAUCGUUAUUGCUAUUAUUAGCAUCAUUAUUAUUGUUGAGAUUGGGUCUCUACCUUGCCCAGGCUGGCAGUUCAGUAGCCACUCAUGGGCCUGUCUCACUGCCGAUUAUCAUGGAAGCUUUGACUUACUCCAUUUCUAACCCAGGCCAAUUUAUCCCUUCUUAGACAGCUUAGUGACUGGUGCUGGACUUGGUGUGGACAUUUGAUUGCCUUUAGGCCUACUGCAGCUCAAAACUCCCUAGCUCAAGCAACCCACUAGCCUCAGCCUCCCCAGUAGCCAGGGUUGCGGGAGUGUGUGCUGUUACACCCAGCUAAAAGGGCACGUUGAGCGGUAUAAAUGUCUAACAGUGGGGUAAUUUUUGAGAAAUAAUAAACUUCAAGGCACUUUUAACACACAUUGGAAGACACAUAGGUCAGUGAAGAGACAAAUUAGGCUCCUGUCAUGGUAGAAUCUGUAUCAUUGUUAUUUUGUCAUCUUAUUGAUAAUGUACUUGAGUGUAAUAUGUAUGUUAUCUCUGACAGAACAUUAUGUUCUAUGGUUAUAAAAAGAAUAUAUUUAUUUAAAGCAUUGCUUUUAUUUUGAAAAGCUACUUAAUUAAUUUGAUUAACAAAUGUGCUAAUUUUUUGAAUUUAAUGGAAGGUAAUUGUUGAAAGUUUGCCUAUCUUAAAAUCUAAUAUUGCUAGUGUGUUAAGUUAUUCUGACUUCUUCUUAAAAUUAUGUUCAUGUUGCACA